UUCACUCGUUACUCGCUUAUUGUAGCUGCCAUCUUUGUUCCGCCUUUUCGACGAUAUUUAACAAGCUUAGAUCGUUUGCAGACAGUCCGGUUUUUAUCAGGGUCUAUGGUAAAUUUAAUUUUGGAGUGGUUGUAUGUAUUCUAUAUUCAAAAAUAUUUCCUAAUGUUGCAUUAGAUUUUAAGAGGUGUGAUAAUAUUAUAUAUGUAUAUAUAGAAUAAUAUAGAGAGUGAAAUAUGUGCUUCGUCUAAGGAUUUAAGCCAACUAUUAUAAAACUUGGAUAUUUGUGUGAAGUGAAUUCAAACAUGAAUUGGGCGGCCACGAACAUGCGAUUGCAAUAGAAUUCUUUGAACUAUUGACUGUUUUCGGAAAGUCCACAAUAUUAUGUUUUAAAGAAGAAACAGCUUAGAAGUCAAAUCAUUUAUUUAAGCGUUAUUAAAUUCAAAGGAUGGAGGCUUCUGACUUUAUAAGCCCUAGCGGUGCGACAACUGCAAAUACUUCUGAAAUCGGGACAGUACAGCAAGAUACGUCUGUAGGUAGAAACCGUGGUAACAUUAAUGGUGUACCCUUCGGUAACAUGGAAGUUGAAAUGGAGAAUUAUAUUGAAGAGAGUACAAUUAUAAGUAACAAUAACUCCAGCAGGUUCCGUUGGAAACGCCUGUGUAAUCCAUCUGGACCGCAACCACGUCCACGACAUGGACAUCGUGCUAUCAACAUAAAGGAACUGAUGGUUGUUUUUGGAGGGGGCAAUGAGGGUAUUGUAGAUGAACUUCAUGUUUAUAACUCUGUUACCAAUCAAUGGUUUGUACCAGCCAUGCGGGGUGAGGUGCCACCUGGCUGCGCUGCGUAUGGCUUUGUUGUCGUUGGUACGCGGAUGUUUGUGUUUGGCGGCAUGAUAGAGUACGGCAAAUAUUCAAAUGAACUGUAUGAGUUGCAAGCUACAAAAUGGGAAUGGCGCAAAAUGCAUCCUGAAUUGCCCGAUAAUGGACCGGCGCCGUGUCCUCGCUUGGGACACAGUUUCACAAUUGUGGGUGAACGUAUAUUUCUUUUCGGUGGAUUAGCUAACGAAUCUGAUGACCCCAAAAAUAAUAUACCCAAAUAUCUAAACGAUUUGUAUAUUUUGGAAACUCGUGGAGUACAUAGUCACAAUGGAAAGUGGAUCAUGCCAAAAACUUACGGAGAAAGUCCGCCACCUCGCGAGUCACAUACAGGUGUAGCUUUUACGAGUAAAAAUGCAAAUAAGCUAAAUUUAUUAAUAUAUGGGGGAAUGAGUGGUUGUCGGUUGGGCGAUCUAUGGCUUUUGGAUGUUGAUUCUAUGACUUGGUCGAAACCGCGAACACGUGGGCAUGCACCGCUGCCUAGAUCUCUACAUAGUGCCACAAUGAUUUGUAAUAAAAUGUAUGUGUUUGGUGGUUGGGUACCUUUACUCAUGAACGACUCAAAAGCAACAACUGAAAGAGAAUGGAAAUGCACAAAUACGCUUGCAGUUUUAGAUUUAGAUUCAAUGACAUGGGAAAACGUAACAGUUGACACAGUGGAUGAAGAUGUACCCAGAGCUCGAGCUGGGCACUGUGCAGUGGGGAUUCAAAGUCGUUUAUAUGUGUGGUCCGGUCGUGAUGGCUAUCGUAAAGCAUGGAACAACCAGGUCAGGGUUUGCUGUAAAGAUCUUUGGUAUCUAGAAGUAACUAAGCCACUCUAUGCAGUGAAAGUUGGUUUGGUUCGUGCUUCUACUCAUGCUUUAGAAUUAUGUUGGACCACUACUACUUUUGCAGCUGCUUAUGAGUUACAAACCCAAAAGAUUGAACCAACCACAAUGCCGGCCAAGGUUGUAAUACCUUCAAUUACUCCCAGUGCCCCAUCAAUGUCAGUUUCUACGAAUCAGUUAACCACGAAUGGUGUGACCAGCUCUAUUCUUCCCUCCCCAGUAUUGACUUCGGCAUCUACAAAACACCAAAAAAUACACAAUUCAACCCUCCCAACACUGAAUUCGCAACAAUCUUCUACAAAAGUAACCAGCAAUACUAUAAUACAUCAACAGCAACAAUCUCAUUUACAGGGAGCGACAAUUUAUAUAGCGCAACAACAAACGCCUCAAGUCCAACAACAAAUCGGCCAAAUUAAUGCGAAAACAUCUGCUCCGAAUAUGGCAGAGAAUACAAUAUCAGCAGCACGCAUAAUAAACGCCACAUCUCCAACAUUAGUAAAUUCUAGCUCACCGGUUAGUGCUGGUACCAGUGGUGUUAUAUCAGCACCCUUGGUAAAUGUGUCUCAGCAACAAACGUCUGUCUCAAUAAUGAAUAGUAACAUAACUACUAUACUGCAGAAGUUCCGACCAAGUACAGUGGUUUCCCGGUCUACUGCAGUAACAACACCAGUUAAUACAGGAACUAUCGGUAUAUCUUCUACACAGGCGAGUACUGGAGGUGCGAGCCUACGUGUUUUAAGUGCUGCAGGCAUUCCAAUAACAACAACAGCUCCAACUAACAGUGUUCGAAUUGUAUCAGGGAAUACGGGCCAGACUUUACGUUUAGCUACCACCCAAACCACGGCCAAUACAAAUAACAUAUUAAAACAGACACAAAACACAGGAACUACAAUCACUGGGCAAUCGCAAAGCAGUUCAGUUACGAAUACGGGAACUUCAAUAGCUACUGCCACAACGAUAGGUGGCAAACAAUAUAUCAUACAAAAACCGUUAACAACAUUAGGCUCAAAUGUACAAUUUCAAUUAGUAAAAACCAGUUCUGGUGGCGUUGCUGUGCAAACAUUACCAAAAAUUAAUUUAAGUUUGUCUAAGAACACCGGAACCUCGGGAGCAUUUUCUGCGGUUGGGAGUCAACAGGCUUCGGCUGGAGGACAAAUACUGACAGCAACACAUGUAGUUGGUACAAGUUCGGGUUCACAACCUCAACAACAGUUCAUUGCCGCAGUCGGCACUUCAACCGUAAAUUGUAGUGCAUCUGUUGCCCAUACAGUCUCUAGCGGUCAACAAAAACCUCUAGUGUCCGGAAAUCUUGUAAAACUGGUUUCCCCACAUACCGUUAGUGGAGGAAAAUUGAUAAUGAAAAAUUCGAAUAUCCUGCAGGUAGGAAAAGUUGCUUCGACUGUUGGUGGCAAGCCAGCAUUUGUUAUCACUAACAAGCAGGGCCAACAAUUAACAAAUCAACAGAUUAUAAUAGUAACCACUGGAGCCGGUUUACGAACAAUACCCGCAUCGAGUGUUAUGACACAAGCUGGCGCUGGUAGCAUUGUUUCAAUAGUGGGCUCGACAUCGACCACGGCCACUGUUGCAGCAUCUAGAAAUGUUGUAGCUACUCAGACGGGUGUCAAAAUGAUUCGCGGAGUCACUAGUACAACCGGACGACCUAUUACACUAACACUACCUUCAACUACGCAGUUAGCUCAGCAGCAACAUGUAACCAGUCAACAACAUCAGCAAAAAAUAAAUGUCCCAUCUGGAAAUAUUCAGCAAAAAACUAUAACGCUUGGUGGUAAAGCAGUAACAGUACAAAUGGCUUCUAAUCCUAAUAUGACUGGAGUAACUAAAACUGUUACGAUUGUAGGAUCAAACUCUGGGCAUACUCAGCCACAAACCAUUGUUACCAGCGGUGUCGCAGGCAAUACAGGCAGUAAACUAGUUAUGUUGCCUUCAAAUCCAACUGCAUGUAAUAAAAAGGGUUUCGUAAAUAUUUUAAAUGCCAGUGCUACUAGUAAUACCUGUGGGAAUACACUACAGCGAGCGAUAACAUUAACAUCGAAUUCCAUUUUAGCUGGAGCUAAUUCUCAAGUUACCAUCGCAACGCACAUCAGUAAUAAUGGGAUAAAUGAUUCUGCUGCUGCUUUGGCAUCAUUGACAGAUCCUAAUUAUACUGACGGUGACACUAUGGAUGAUAUUAUCGAGCAGUUGGAUGGUGCUUCAGAUUCGUUAGAACUAAAAGAGUUCGCUGAAUGUGAAGAUAUUGAUGAUGAGAUAGCAAUUAUACUAGCUCCACUGACUACAAACGGGGGCAGAGGUAUUAAUGAACAAAAACCUAAUUGUCAUUAUAACAAUUAUAAACUAUGUCAACUAAUGGAAAUUGAUUUUACGAUCGAUGGCAUCAACUCGGCGCUUGAGACCUAUUCAAGAAAAGCAAAUUUUAACAGCAAAAGUAAAACCAAUAUCUGCCGAAAAGAUGGCGGCAUACGAGAGUCAAGCUAUGAACAUGACAAUGCCACAUUUCAUAAUUCGUCGAUCAGCCCGAUUGUUUCUAAUGCCUUAUUAGUGCAGCCACAGUCUUCCUACAUACAAUCCGCAUCUAAUAAAACCGAAGCUGCUAGCACCCCAGCUAUUUUGUUCGCAUAACGUCUUACAACACAGGUACGUUAUCAAGUCAAAAUAUUGCAAAUAAUGAAGGCGAAAUUCUCGAGUCGAACUUUAUAACCUGCGCACAUUUUAAUUUGCGUUAGAAUCAAACUUUUUGGAAUCGAACAAACUCUUAGACAGCUUGUAACGUCAGAGGGGUGGAUGGAAAUUUGGUCUUAUAUAUAUAUAUAUAUAUAUAUAUAUAAUUGGCGCGUACACCCCUUUGGGUGUUUGGCCGAGCUCCUCCUCCUACUUGUGGUGUGCGUCUUGAUGUUGUUCCACAAAUGGAGGGACCUACAGUUUCAAGCCGACAAUUAUGUCGGAUCAAAAAUCAUCCCGAUAGUGAGUGUGGCGCAGCCCGUUUAUUAUUUUUUUUUGUUUACUUACGUUUUAUUUAUUUCUUUGGUUCAUUAUUUGUACCAAGCUUGAGUGAUUUUGCUCUAUUUAUAACAGAGUUAUCUCCAUAGUAUUUGGUAGGUGGGCCGAAAAUGGGUGCCGAAAAUAGUGCAGUGUUCAGUUGAAUUUGGCUAUAAUAAUUGGAAAUAAAACACGAUUAUGUUGAAUAAAUUCUUUUGUCUUUAUUUCGUAAAGUGUGUGUUGUUGAACAAAGAUCCAGAGAAGAGAAGCAAAAGAAAAAGUUACGAAUAAUGAUAGUGGAAUAGAAUCAUAUGCGAUAAUUGAAAGCUGAAACAGUACUAUAAGAAUUGAGACUUACAUUGUCUUAACUAAUUAAUACUUGUAUCAUGUGAAUAUGUUGCAAUAAGAAACUUGCCCGUUCCAAUACACUGAAAUUCAUUAACUUUUUAAUCGUGGGCGCGAACGGGCAAAAAUUUUCUUAUCUCAUCAUUCCGAGCAUUUUGCCACAAAACAAAGAGAGUAUUGUGUAGGGGCCGGUGGAAAUUCCAGCUAAACGUUGUUGUUGUAACAGCUUACUAAACCCUGUUAGUGCAAUGUAGUCACCGGUCGUCUGCGUCUAACUCAUCCAAUGAGACCCAGAAAGCAUAGUGUUUCGACAGGUUAGGUCCAGAGAGAGAGAGAGGGGUGUUAGGUGAGUAGUUUUAAUAGGACCUGUGAAGAGAUGGUUAGUAUCCUGUGGUGUGCAUUCACCUGCUAGAGGUAUAUUGUGUAUGUCGGGGUCGAUUUUGGAUAGGUAAGAGUCUAGUCUCUUACAGUAUCCUGAACCCAACUGGGUCAAAGUUACAUGGGCCUCGCGAGGGUGUUGCUGUAAUAGGCGGUGCUUGUGCUUCGAUAACUGCAUUCAGAGGUCCGGAGUUUAGGAAGAUGGUAAGUGUUUCCCAAUGUAUGUCAUUUACUGUUUGGCUAUAUACGUUCCGUUCCAGUAGUUGUAAAUGUAUUUUGUCCUGGAUAUCGUCAGUGUAAUUGAAGAGAGUUGUUGGUUUGGGCGACCAGAUCUGCGCAGGGUAAUAGUUUGUAAAAAAAUUGUGAGAAAAAAUUGUAGUUUUCAUUGAAAAUUUCAUCGCUUCAAUCAACUUGGUCCUAUCGCAACAUUAAGGAUUAAGGAUUGUCCCUGCAACGAAUUCAUAGCCGCCUUCAAGAUUCUUCCCGCAUUAUUGGUUCUUCCUGCAUAUUAAGGAUUCUCCCCGCAACAUAUUUGGUCCUUCGAGCCGGAUAUAGUCACUCCGCUUGCCUUUUGCAAUAGACGCAUUCGCUUGUGUACAUACAUAC